UCCUGAAACAAAAUGGCGGACAAAGUCUGCAGAACGUAAAGUUGUGAUGUCUUUCGUGUCGAUGGUUCAUUUUCGUACUCUAGAUGGUUUGUUAAGGGAUGUGUCCAGUUAAUAAUGAGAUAAACCGCAAAGGAAGAACCUUUUGAUUACAGCCACGAGUUUUGUUUCGCAAGAUAAUGGCUCAAAACGGUCCCAGCACUUUGGCUAACGGCAACAGAAAAUCUGCAAACAAUGGAAGGCCGGACGGGUUUUCUCUGCCUGGGAUCGACCAAAAUGAACUUCGCGCCCGUAUUUAUGCAAAACCACAACUAAAACCAAAUCCAAGGGCCCUUAGAUUUAGCGGCCCGACUCCUGUGCAGCGAAAAAAGGUGAGAAAAAAGUCAAGUCGUUAAGCUUUUAGAAUUUCAAUCUGAGAUCAGCGUAAAGCAAGAAGUUUGCGUAGUUUCUCAGUGAUCUUAGUUCAAAUGAGAAGUUGAUAGUCAUACGCUUGUGAUGCGACGAGAGGGACAGAUCGCGAUCUUUUAUCAGCUUUUAUAUGCUUACACUGUAUGGUCUCACUUGAGACCAUUCUGUUUUUGUUUUUGUUGUUGUUGUUCUUUGAUAAGCCUCGACUUUCCUUUAAAACUUGCGGGUGUCAAUUUAUUGUGCAUUUAGUGGUAGAAUUAUGGAUGUUUACAUCCUAGACCUGUACAUUAUCAACCGUACACGUUUGAACUUACAUGUACUUAGAGAAACGUGCAAUCACUUUCUUCAACUGAAAGCUGCUGUUAUCUCUGACAAAUUAUUUCAUUUUUUAUGGUAUUCUUCUUUUAGAAUGUGCCAACAGCUCCUAGACUGGAGCCUCUGGUAAGUUGAUAAUGCUUUUUUUGUAUUGUGCAAUAAGGUGUUUGUGUUUGAGGCCAGCUGACUUAAAUAGUCAGUGUACUACGAUUGUGUCAGGGCUGUCGUUAAGUUUUGAAACAGCCGUAGCAUCUCUCAAAAAUUUAUAGUGCCACCAUUAGCUUUCCACUUUGAUCACCCUUCGCAUCAAGUAAGCUCAGCCAUAACAGGUGUUACAGGUUUCUUCCCUUAAUGACAGCUCUGUGCAGUCACCCAUGUAUACUAUCAAUAAUUCCCAGAUGCAUUAACCCUUUAAGCCCUAUAGAAGAGUGAUCAGUGUCAAAUUUCUCUGUGAAGCAGUACCAAUGUCGCUGCUCUGGGCCUCGAACAGACUCAACAAAUUACAAGAAGAACGUUUCAAAUUUUCUUUAAUCUUGAUUCAUUUGGCAAAUGGUCAGUGACAUUUUAAACAGGCCAAUCAUGGCACGUUCUCAAAUCUUGAUACACAGGUAGGGGCCUUGAACAAGGAUUUCGGCGAUGUUUCACAGACAGACUUAACCAUAAAUUUAGUUCCGUGUGUGGCAGAGGCUACACAAUGGGCCAUAGGUAAAAUACCUAAGACCACCAAUUUAAAGCUGAAUAUUUGCAUAAGUACAUUUGUACUUGUAUGCACCAUUAUUGGCCUUGGUUGAAAAUGCCAUUGUCAAUUUGCCGAUCAGUUUGAAAAGAAACUGGAAAUACGUUUCCGGUUAUUUGUUGAGUCUAUCAGUGGCCCAGACAUAACUAACUGGAGUUAGAUUGUGUCUGCCUCACAGGCGUAUAAGGCAGUGGCUCUUAAUAAAUGAUGAAAUAAAUAAUGUUCUUUGUAGCCAAACCUUGCCAGAUAUCAAGAAAAGCAAAAAAGCCUGCCAUACACAUCACCUGCAGGAAAGACAAAAUCUCCAACACCUCCAUCAUCAUCUGAGCCGGAGAAGAAAAAGACACGCCGAAGAGAUGUUGUGGAACCCCUUGAGCGUACAACAUCUCCAUUACCAAACUUGCCUGAUGACUUGAGAAGUAAGCAACAAAAAAUCGAUUCUGUAGCUCAAGUGAAACCUGUGAGUCCUCAGCGACAGAUGUCGCCGAAGCAGAAGGUCACUCAGUUCCAGGAGCCCAUCAUGAAUGGGGGUGUGGCCGUGCACAAAACUGAUGUUAUUCCUGAGGGGUUACGAGACCCACUUCAGAUUAUCAGCUUGAUAAAAGAGAAUUCAAAGCUUGGGUUUCUUUAUAUGACUCCGGCUGUUGAUAGGUCGUCAAUCUUGUACAACCCGUACAACCUCAAGUAAGUAAAGGACAUCACUUUAUUCAUCAGGCCCCAGUUGUUCAAAAGCUGGAUAGUGCUAGCCACUGGAUAAAUCACUAUCCAGUGGUUAAGUAAUAGUAAAACCAAUUGCACUAUCCACUGGAUAGUGCUAUCCACUUUUUGAACAACUGGGGCCAGGGACACAAAGCAAAAUACCAAAUUUCCUCAAAUAAUUAGCCAUCCCUCAAUAAUUAAUUGCCCCCUUCAAGUAAUCAGAUUUUAAAUUGGGGAAAAUAGAAUGACAUGUUUUUUCAUUAUUAUAAAGGCAACAACAAUCAGAGGAGUUUCAACUUCUCUCAUCCAGUCAUAGAACAAGAGGAAAAAUGACAGUCAAAACUUCCUAAAGUUGAUUACUCAAACUGCGAAGAUUUAGAGCUUUUUAUUAUGGGUGGUGGUAAUUUAAAGUUUGUAUAAGAGGUCCACUUUAGUGCUGGAAAGCUCGCAUGUAUUUUGGUAGUUUGAAUAUGUGGUCCUUUUAUGUAAGAGCUGGUUGAACAAAGAGGCUCGAUUCGAUUUGUAAAUGGCACAAUCUUAUCUGUCAAAGUUCAUCUACAUGUACAGCAGUUGUAGAAAAUAAAUAAAUACAUUGUAAGAUUCAACUAAAAGUCAAAAUAUUAUCUCAUCAGGAUUGUCAAACAUAGUGAAAUCAACCAUUCCGACUACUACACAAUCAGCAGUGAAGGAGUCACUCACAUGCGAGACAAUGAAGCAGAGUUUACUGCUCUGGAGCGCUGGGAGAAGGAGUACAAGGACUAUAAACGUCUUGUUAAGAUUCCAACAUUUGCCAACUUUAGGAUGUGGAAGGCCUUUGUUGUAUGGAGAAAAAAUGUCAAGACAAAGUAAGGUUUUGAAAAAUUGACUUUCCUCAUGAUCCCCUUGUCUCAUUGUCACAUUUUCCUUUUCUUUCCCUUCCAUCCCUUUUCUUCCAGUUCGCAUCCCCUUUUCCUAUCCAGUUACCUUCAUUUCGUCUUUUUAGUGCUUAUUCUAAUAUCUCCUGUUUCUCUUCCUAUUUCUUCUAGUUUCUUCCCCUUUUCUCUUUCUCUCCCUCCUCGUUUCUUCCACUCUGCACCUAUAUGAUUGUAUUUCCUGCCCAAUUUCUACAAUGUAUCUUUCUUCCCUACUCUUUAACAAUAAUGCUUAACCUCUCAUUUUACUUUGCAUUUUCCACAUUAAAAAUUUCCUUUCUAAAGUUAUACUACUACAUGAGAAAUUUCUGCAAUUUGAUUGGCUCAGAGCAGUGAUAAUUUAGCUUCAUUUGAAAUACCUACAUUGUGUACAUUUGAAAAUUGCAAAACUUUUGAGGGUAGAAGUAUAAACAAAUAAUAGCAUGAUUUGUAUGUGAUAUUUUGCAUAAAUACCACAAGUGAUAUUUAAAAAUUGUCUCAAAUUUCAAAAUAUCACUUAGCUUGUGGCAUUUAUGCCAAAUAUCACACACUAAUCAUGCUAUUAUGGUACUAAUAGACUUGUAUAUUAUUGAUUUUAUCUUCUUUUCGAUAUUUAGAAAAAUAACACAAUGCAAAAACCAGCUGCAGGAAAAUCUCUUUAUCGUCAAUGCGGUAAGACUGUCAGUACAGUGUUGAUCAUUGCGUCACUGUGGUACAUUGCGGCAUUGUGGGGGUUAUUUUCUUGAGAAGAACAGUUCUUCUCAAGUUACUGUUACAGUUACUGUGCCUGCCUCCUCCUCCCGCUCAACACCUCUCAGGAAAAAUUGCCAGCCACACUUGAUUGUAUUUCUCUCUUUUGAAAAGUUUUGCUGGAGAGACACAACUGUACCCCAUGACAAGGGUUUCAAUAAAAACUGAAGUAGCCAGCAAGUUUAAAAAGCCACAUGCUUUUCAGAAAAAAAUUGUAAUUUCCCUACAAUUUGAAAAGUUUUGGGGAUUAAAAUUUCCCUUAAGUUUUUUCCCUUAAGUUUUAUCUGCCACACAAUCAAAUCCCACAACACUCAACAUUUAGUUUUUUAAUUAUGGGGAGGCGUCUUCCCUUACAUGUGUACCCCUUUGUAUACCUUCUAUUGACAAAUGGUACCCCUUUCACAUAAACCUACCUCUAGUUAAGUACUUUUGCAUUCCUUUUAACUGCUGUAAAUCCAAUAUCUUUGUAAUCUGAAUAAAUCGCAAAACCAGAAUGAACCAAGAAUAACUUGCAUGUUGUCUUGUACUGUAAUAUUAAUGAGUUUUAUGUUCCCAUUCUAGUCCUUACGCCCUGCGUUAUUGAAUGUGCGGGAAAUGUGCUACCGCAUCAGUGACAUGGGUCUCUGCAGAGUAGAGAAAGGACACACAUACACUUUGGAUGAAUUUCGCAAUGCCCAAUUUGAACAACUGGAGGAAGUAUGUAUUAAAAAUACAAUUUUGUUACUAGUCUGAUUAUAUACAGCUGUAGUGUUAGUAACAUGCAUGUCCUGACCUGUGUAUUACACCCGAAGGUUUUAAUUUUUUUUUUUAAGUCAUCCCCACAAAUGUUGGUCAGGAGUAAAUUUUGAAAAUGUGGAGUUACAUAAAUUUUACUUCUCACUACACUGUACUUAAAUUUUAAUAGUGCACAUCUGCAACCACGAGAACUUCUGAGCGAGAAUAGAGAAGCUCUGUAAACAAGCAGAACCCAAUAAAAAAAAACAGCAAAAGACAAACUUCAACAGAUUGUUUAUAUUUUACACAGACAAUUUUAAGACUGAUAAUGCUUUUGAUUUGGUAUUGUUUCACUGUUCGUAUAGUUAUACAGUAUGAAGGAAUUUUGGCUGGCUGAAAUGAUAAAAUUCAAUGGAACAUUUCUGUUCUCUGAGCUAUUACAUUGUAAACAAAAUCACUCUUUUCAGGAAUUCUUUGAAUUCACAAAUUUGAAAUAUUUCGAGCAAAAAACAAUUAUGCCAAAUUUGGCAUAUUUGUAAACCCUGACAUCUUACCAUUUUUCUUUUUGUAAUUUUUUUCUGGAAAAUGCAUCGUGUAUAAAUUUUCUACUUAUGUUCUACGUUAGCUUUCUGCUACAUAUUUUUAUUUGUAUUUUAUUAGUUUUCCCCUGAAGAACACACACACACACACAAAAAAAAACACAGAAGAUAUGCAAACACUAGUGUAACAAUACACUAAUAAUAACUUAAAUAUUUGGGCAGGGACACCGCAACAGCUAAAGGCAAUUACUGCGGACCCAUGUACGUGUAUGCCAUGUUAAUGAAAUGCGAAUUAUGACCCAAUGGUUCGUUUUUCACUUGUAGGUUGCUGGUAGGUUAGCAGAGUUCCGUGAUCUUGUCAAAGAAGUUGUUAGAAGCGCGUGCCGUACGGCACUUCUGGAAGCAGGUUUCACACCUGAUGAUUACUUUAUGGACAUGGACAGUCCCAUGGGAAUGUAUGCAGGUGUGAAUUAUAUCUAGUGCUUGAGUGGAAAGUUUUCUGUGGGGCUCGACCAGGGUGCAAAGAAAGUCAAUUUUACAGCUCACCAUUCGGGCAAGCUAUAGCUAGCAUUUACCAGCCCAAGAGGCAUUUUAACUAACCUGAAUUUUUUUUCGAUGACAUUUUAUCUGUAAUUUUAAUUCCCCAAAAAGCCCUGUCGGGCAAGUUGAGAACAGAACUGACCAGCCCGACGGCACACUCCACUAUCCCCGCGCUAUCGGACACGAUUUUCUUUGCGUGCUGUCGACCCUCUUAAAGGCAGUCAAAAAAGAGUAAACUUUUAUUAGUAUUGAAAACGUCGCUUAAAAAGACAACUAACAUCUCUUCAAUUUUUAUCGGGUCUAUUUGAACGCGCUAUAUUGGUCGAAUGCUGGCGAUUUCUCCAGGAGUUGAAUUCUUAAGGAGUUUACCCAGCUUUAAAAAGAGGAAGGAACAUUCGUCGUCGUAUGUUCGCGUCCUCCAUAAAACGUCGCAUUACGUGUAGGAGGUUUCGUAUCGUUGUCGUGCAGUCGUGCAACCGUAUGUAUGGACGUCAAAGAAAUGUACUAAAACGCGUGAUGCACGUGCAGAGCAGUUAUUUUGCCUAUUAAACCAAUUGUUUUUGGCGUUGUCGUUGUCUUUGAGAUUUUUUCAGCUGUUACUUACGUUUACUUACAGUUGGUUAUGAAGAAUUAGCUGGAGGAUUGGAGCCAAUCAGAAACGGCGAAAUAUUUUGAAUGAAUAAUAAUGUAUAUUGUGUGUUUAUUGAUAGAUGAGUACGGUGGUGCGCAGUCCAUGUCAUCUUAUUUAAUGCCAAGUGGAUAUGAAAUGGAUAUGUAUGGUGAUGCACCUGACAAGAUGACUUACACCGAACAGGCAAAUAAGAGAAGUCACUGUAAAAGACUCACAAGGUAAAAACUGCCUUAUACACCGUAAAUCCUCUAUUACCCCCCCCCCCGGGGGGGGGCUUCUUUAUUUCAAACAAUAGGGAGGAGGCUUGGCAGAGGCGGGGGGGGGGGGCUUAUUUGAUUUAGCAAAGGCGAUGGUAUCAGUUCUCCAUAAAAAAGUAGAAUACAAAGUGGAAAACUAAAGGUACAAGAAGUUGGAUGUCAUGCAGCCCAGGAUGAAAAUCAAAUACGAACUUCCAGUUGGUGAAUAAACCAUCCCGGAUCAGUCCCAGUAUAGAAAACUUAUUAACAUACGCAAGCCAUCACGGAAUCCUUAUCAAAUGAUAGAUUGUGACGUUUUUUCACGUCAUUUAUACUGUGAGUUCAAAACGUCCCGUAGAUCGCAGGGAGCUCGUAACCGGGAGCUCGUAACCGUAACUGAGCUCAUUCCGGGACAAGCAGAUUUUCUUGCUGGGCAAGUAACUUUUUAAGCUUACUUACUCAAUGGGCAAAGGUCUAGACAAGUCAUCUUCUGACAAAAUCAUUAACUGAGAAGAUCAAGGAGUAGCCCCGGGCAAGCGAAAUGCGAGAUCUGCUCGGCCAAAGGACAAGCUGAAAUUCAAGUUUUUUUCGAGCCCUGAUGCAGCGUCCUGUUCAAAGUCGGAGCCCGACAAUAGAAAGAUUCCGUGAUGGAAUCGAAAGCUUGUGAAUGCUAUAAUUAAGUUUUCUAUCGUGAAAUUUAAAACCUCGUGUACUCUAUAUAUCAUUACGAUAAGAUUAAGUAACUCUUUCUUUGGAAGAAUUCAAAUGACUUUGAAUGUCUACGGGUUGUUUGAGUCUAAUUCUUAAUUUUGCCGUCUAACUUUUUUGUUUAUAGCUUUAUCCGGCUUGCUGACUACCUCAUCGUAAACACCAUGCACGUGCUUGCGGCAAACUCUGUGGCCACCCUGCUGAAUUAUUUAGAAGAGCAACUUCAGCACACACCCACCCCCGCACAGAUCCAAGGAACAAGUGAAGAGAAAGAGGAUGGAGAAGAAAAUCCCGAGGGAGAGGGGAUUGAGCAAAAGGUAUACCAUUCAUUAACAUGAUACAGGCGUACUAUCCUCUGUUUCAAGUUUGAUCCCACUUAAAGAUGUGUGGGUCAUUUUGAGAUUUACGUGUAAAACUGGGUCCAUCUUGUGUCCAAUUGCACUCCUUUUCAGGGGAAGGCGUCUGUACACAGGCUACCAUAUGCGGUUCGAACAUUUCUGUAUUUUUCCUGCUUCAGUAGCGUCCGCGCCGAAUUUCUUCCCGAGUACUAGGAUAAGAGUGAUAGCCUUCUAUCGUUCCGAUCUUCUGAGAGUGUUUCCAUAUUUUCCAUAUGAUCGCUUCACAUUUUAAUAACACGAUCGUCCCAAUCGUCCGAAUAGAACUCAAUUCUAUCCAAACCACCAAGGUCGUCUCAGUUGUCCGGGUCUUUUGUUAUCUUGCGGGGAGUGUUUCCGUACACAUAUAAUCGUCCCAAUCGCCUGAACUUUAUUUGAAACGACUAGGGCAAUCGGGACGAUCAUAUGGAAACCAGGCUUAACAUUUUUCCGUGAUUGUCUUUGUAUCUAACAGGAUGAACAAGGUGAACUCCACCCACUCUAUACAACGGAGUUGCUUUUGGAGCCUCAAGCGCUGCUCUUCUUUCCUGGGUUAGACGACUUUCAGGAAGGCCUCGGGGAAGUGAUCAAGAAGUUCCAGGAUGCUGUGCUGAGUGUACAAAACCUUGUGCCUGAUCCUUACUUUGAUGCUUUUACACAGUAAGUCUGACAUCGAUCUAGGGUACAUUUGAUUUUAGUAUAAUAACUCAGGUGAUUAGAACGAUUCGCCCGCUCUCAUUGGUCGAGAAUUGCGUCAUAUGUCGCAAUAUUAGGGAGUUCAAGCGGCCACCGCGGCAACGGCAGAGAAAACGGCUCUUGAAAACUUCAUUAAUCUUGUUCUGUUACAUUCAAUUUGUCAAAUGUUGAUCUCAAAAGUGGAGCGUCACAUAUCGGAUAAGUUUGGUGCCAUACCUUGGUGUAGUGUGAACGGAUCAAUUUAGGUUCUGGGAAACUUUCCACCUACCCCUCCCCUAAUCCAACAUUUUGCCUCAAGUGAGAAGUAAGUGUUAAUGUUGACUUAAGAGAGGGGUAGGUGGGCAGUUUCACAGGAACCUAAAUUGAUCCGUGCGAACACCUAUUCGAGAGUAGCGGAAGUGAAUAAGUAGGAGCGAGGACUGGAACCCACUGAACGGAAGUGAAUAUUCAGGAGUGAGGACUGGAUUUUAGUGCACCAAACCCUCUCGGUCAACCGCCCGCGCCGGCACGAUGUUCGAUGUGUGUGAACGACUUGUGCCUCCCCGGAACGCUGCUGUUCUCACUUUACCGUAUAGUGUUAACAUAGCCGAAGUAUUCAGGGACAGGAACACGCAGAGAGAUCCUGCCAAUCAUUAGGGAGCUUAAGGAACGACGACGGCGAGGUCAACGACAACGGCAAAAAAACGUUAGGUUUAGAUUGGCAAAACAACAACUUUGCACGUGCAUCACGCUUUUUUGUACAUUUCUUUGCCGUCACUGCACGACUAGGACGUGAAAAUGCCCAAUUUCACGAUUUGUCGAGGACGGGAACACAAGACAACAACUUUCCUUUUCUUUUGCUGAACUUUGAUGCAGUCCUUUAGAAUCCGCCUCGAAAAAAAUUGCCAACAUUCAAACAAUUAAACGAGAUGGAAUAAGCGUGAUAAAGUUCGAAGCAGCGCAAGUUCACUUUUUAAGUGACGUUUUCGAAGCCGUCGCCGUCCUUGUUGCCUAAGCUCUCCAGUGACCAUUCUUACUUUGGCUUGUUCUAUCACCUAGGCCAUUUAUCAAUGGUAAAAUUGAAGAGAAAACUGCUGGCGACGGACCUAGCUUGGCGACCAUGUUUGAAGAUGAUAGGCAUCUGCAGGGAAUUAUACAAAACAUCAAGGUUUGUCGAUUCUUGCAUUGAAUUUUGCCUCUGAUUACUGAAUUAUUGAAAUAUGGCUUCCCCUCCCCACCCCUCCAUGUAAUGUUGUGUCGCCGUUCGAGUUAGUACCUGUCGAAAAAAGAAAAGAAACAAACAAACACCCUAAAUUUAAGUGGAAGGGCCGGAGUAUGGAUUGUUUUAUUCUCCGAAGUUACCCCAUUUGAGGAUUUAAUUUUGUCGUCGAUUGUAGCUAAUGUAGUAGUCCUGAUACAUUUUAAUUUCUAAACACCUUUUGCCGCCCGUUUUCGGAAGACUGCUGAAUUUUAAAUUGAGUCUGGUUUAAUUUUUUUCUCUUGCCUGUAGGAUGCAAUUUUAUCUGCAUUUGACUCUGCCUGGAUGUAUGCCAACACAUUUGAACCUUAUCGCCAAUUCUACCAGGAAAAUGAGAGUCUGGACUUGGAGGCCAUCAGAAAGGAAGAACACGGUAUGGUGACCAUGACAUUGAUAUAGCCUGCGAGCAAGUUCCGGCUCCGGGGUGCUCUCUCCCCCUUCCCCUCACCCCCCACUCCUGUUCCCAUGAAAGCCUCGUGGGAGCUUGCUCGCAGGGUAUGCAUUGAUAGGAUGCUGAAAAAUGGCCUAUCUACACGACUGGUUGUUAAAGAAAAGUUAUUUCGUUUAACAUAAACACUAUUUUGUGACAACAAAUUCUAACCUGCCGCUGCUAUGUCUGUAUUAUAUUUAGAUGUCAGCUUCUUCUCAGAAUCACUGGACAAAUACAACAAUGAGCAUGAACAAGCGGUUGGCAUCUUGGAGCACAGAUCCAUCGGCAUGAUACUUGUAGAUUGCAAGAAACUCAAGCAGGUUCUCAUUCCAUCACCACUUAAGUGCUUGGAGGUAAGACUGGCUAUGCUCAUUACUGCAUGUCUGCAGAGGUUCCUUUCAGCUAAGCUUUUCUCCUCUAAAGUUGUCAAAAAAAGUCUCAGAAUACAUUAGCGAGGGGAAACAGCCGAUAUUUCACAACGUCACUGAUUUCCUCGCGAAGUGACGUCUGAGAAACUAGCGCAGAAAUUCCGUACUGAUGACGUGUCACUACCUAAAUCUAAGUAGUGCUUCUGAUUGGUCGUGCUGAGUGAGAAAUUUGCAUCGUCCAAUCAAAAGCACUACCUUGUUUAAUGUAUAUAGUGUUAGAAUUCUUAUAAUACUGAUUAUACUUUUUAGGUACCGUAAAUCCUGUAUUAAGCCCCCCUCUCAAAUAAGCCCCCCUCCCUUUAAUAAGCCCCCCACUUUUCAGGGAAGAAAGUUAAUAAUCCCCCACCCUCCCCCCUAAUUAUUCCCCCCUACUAAUAAAUGAUAGAUUAUUCAUUAAUCAAUCAUACUGUCUUUUAAUCAAUCACGUCUGUAAAACUUCUUGUCGACUGAUCCGGGAUGGCUUAUUCACUAAUUGGAAGUUCGGAUUUGUUUUUGAUUCUCGGUUGCGCGACCUCCAACUCCUGCUUUUCUACUUGUACUCUAGUUCUGUAUGGAGGACUGACACCAUCGUCUUUUCUUAAUUAAAUAAGCUCUCCCCCCCUCACAAAUAAGCCCCCCCCUCUGUAUUAAGCCCCCCCCCCCCUCUCAAAUAAGCCCGUAAUGAGAACCACGAAUUUGUUAAUGUUUUUACCCUCAAUUGUGUUUUUCUACAAUAACAAGGUUAAUCAGGAGCGUGUUCACCCACCAGCAUCCAUGCAAACUUAUUGGAACAAAAGAAAGUUUUUACGUAAGAAAAAAGUUCAACUCCCACAGGACUGCUGGGACACCAACAUGGCCGCCGUUUCAAUGUUUUGGGACACCAAUAUGGCCGCCGUGACUUCAUGCGAAAACGCUGUAUUACGAUUCAUACCAGUAACAUUGUAAAGAAAAAUCUAUAAAAUACUGUUUGGUUCAGAUUUUCAAACCAUGCCUUGCUAUUGAUAUUUUGUGUGUAGGUUAUCAAUGAUAUUUUACCCAAGCUGGCCAAGAAGAGAACGGACACACUGAUGGAAUUCUGUCAAGACGCUCAGUUUAAACUAGAAGCUAUUCCCAGUAGUACUGUGGAGUAUGUUGAGAGCCUUACAUUCUUGGACGAUAUUCAAGAGAAGGUAAGUAAUAAGGAAGACUUAAUGUUCAUCGUAACAUGAGUUUUUAUCAAAGAAAAUAUUUUAUAGCCUUUCCGCAACUCACUAAACGAUGGCCCAGGAAAUGGCAGGAACCACUCCCUACGUCCGGUCUCCCAAAAAGGGGAAGAUAGAAUGGCAAAGGCAAAGACAAUGUCGUUUUCUUUUGUGGGAUCUCUAGUGAUCAGUAGUGUGCAAUGUUACUGUAGUUGAGGCACAUAUAGUUUGUAGUGGAGAUUGGUUAUGGGAGCCGGCAAAAUCUCUAAGAUCUCCAAGAGUGUAGAAACUGGAAAGUUGUCGACGAUCUCUUUUCGCCAUUGAUAAAAAUAAUAAACAGUUUUUAAGAUCAAUUUCUGGUGUUUUUUCUUUAAAACAGAGAAAAACAAACAAAGCCAUCGAUGCUUCAUUCAAUUGUCUCUUCUUCUAUAGACAAUAGCUUUCUACCAUGAGCUCUGAAAGCACUCAGUUUUUGUUAAAAAUGCAAGCUAGUUUUAUCUUUACACAGAAAAUACCAACAUAGUCUGUCACUCUACCUUUGCCUGGCUCGAGCCACAAAAUAAAAGUUUGUGUUAAUGGCUUUAUACUUAGGUGGAUGAUAUUGAAAGAGAUGCUACUGUUGUCAAAGAGCUGUAUGAUUUGAUUGAAACCUAUAAAGUACCGACUCCACCUGAAGAUCUGGCCGUCUACCAGGUAUGAGCAUUACAAAGUACAUCCAGCCGAUUUGGGAUCAAUUAAAAUUUUAGGUUUCUGGGAAAUUGCCCACCUACCCCUUCCCUAAGCCAGCAUUUUGCCCUAAGUGAGAAUUAAGUGAUAAUGUUGACUUAGGGGAGGGGUGGGAGGUCAGUUUCCCAAAAACCUAGAUUGAUCCCCGAUUUUUUCAAAAAACUAACCAGGCGAAAUUUGCAGCCUUUUGAGUGAAAAAGGGCCAAAUGGGAGAUUUUUUAUCGCCUGAAAAGCUCGAAAAUCACCCCAGCGAAGGGAAAGGAAAGGAGAAAAGGAAAGGGCGAGGAGAAAGAAAGGAGGAGAAGAGAAAAAAACAAUGUUUCACUCUUAGCUUUUAUAUUGGCUACUUAUUUUGGAAAACUGUUUGACGCAAAAGGUCUACAGUUUGGCGGUAACGUUUUCAAAACUCUAGCGAGACAUGUACAUGCAUCCGUUAUUGCUUUGCCGAAAGCGGUUUUGCAAAGGUAAUAAAUCUUAGGCCACGUCUUGUGCUUUCGAAAGGCCAAACAAGAACGAAAUUUAUCCACAUACUUAUUGGAACCGUUUACUCUUAUGGCUGGCAUCGUUCACUUGUGAAGGGAAGUCGAAAGUUAACACAGAAGUUUGCAUGAGUUAACGUAUUUGCGGUGAAAGGACUCAGGGUACGGACAUUUUGAGGGCUGGGUCGUUAUUGCGUCCAACUGCACCAUGGGACAGUUAAUGAAGACGGAUUUUUUGCCAGAUUCCCUGAAAACAGUGUCCCAAAAUAGAUUGUUGUUAUUUUCAAACCCAAGCGGAUUUUUGAGGACAACAUUGUGACAAGUAGACCCGACAGGACGGAAUUAAUAAUGUUUUACUCUUCCUCGCGUUAUAUAUGCGUUAAAGUAAGACCAUCUGUCGAGGAGAUGGCAUAACAGGUUUUUAGGUGAUGACAUUCACCUCUUUCAUAGUCUGCGAGCAGUCUCGCUUUUCUUCAGAUUUUGUGAGGGGAGUGCACGCGCGCGCGAGCGUCGAGCGGCGAAGCGCCUUCAGUCACGCGCGUGAAAAAAACAGGGACUUCUCGUGGUCCUACUCUAUCUUUUUCACGAUUAAAUAUAUUGUUUUGUUUUUAUGUAUUUGCAGACCCUUAGACCGACGGUUACGGCUGUUAGAAAUGUGAUUGAUAAGUCGUUAGCAGAGAGAGAUGCCAACAUUGACAAGAUGUGCACACAUAUCGAUAAAGAUAUUGUUUCACUGGGCAAGGAAGUCAAAGAAGUCAAACAAAAAGCGCAGGUGAGGUUGAAUUACGAGGGUGCUUUCGAUUGAUUGUACUCCAGAAUAAGAAUACAAGAGAUUUGCAAGAAAACUUUUACGUACCGUGAUUUUUGGGCCACGUAAACGCUACAUUACAUCGGGAUAUUUUAUUUCAAGCAGAUUUCAAGCUAUUACAAAGCAAUGAACGCCAAAAUGAGUUUUUUUAGAGUUGAGUUCUUCUAUUCUUAUCCCAGAAUACGGUCAGUUGAACACGUCAUGAAAUCCUUGAGGGUCCGCAACCACUCUGAAUCCUUAGCCAAUCACAAAGCGCAACAGUUCAAGACCUUACUAGUCCUGGAAGUACAUUAUAAAUAAACACUGAUUAAAAACUGCUUUAUUAGCAAUCUGUCAUGAAAUAACAUUCUAACGACUUAACCCAUUGACUCCGUUGCAAUUUCAUUGGCGCAAUAGGAUCCCAAGAUCUUGGACUCCAGUUCCCAGUCUGGAGAUAUCAUUCAGUACCUCGGAGGCCUGCUGGAGAAAAUGGAGACGCUCAAUAACCUGGCAUCAACUUACAAAUCACACCAAAAGAACUUCAAGGUGAUUAUAUCUUUAUAGUUAUACUACUCUAGUUUUCCUAUAUAUAAGCCCGGCCUUUCGUUUGCGUACCAGCAUUUAGCAAGUGGCCGUAGAAUUGACGGGAAUAUAAAGAAUUACAGAUUGAAGAAUUUAAUAGAAAUCGAUAAAGGUCAAAAUGAGACAGAGAUUGGCACAAGUAGCGAAGGGUAACAUGAAGAGAAAUAUAGCGUUCGAGUCAAAUGUCGUCCCAGCUUUUUCAAGUCUAAUUCAACUGUGUGAUUCACUAUGCUCUGUUUGUUAUGUACUUGUUAUUUUAUCCAUACAAGUCUUUCGUUUUGCCAAAUUAAGUUUAAGAGUUCGUUUUUAUGGAAAACUGUAUCUAUCUCGAGCUAUUUCCCCCCCUCUCUGUAGAGAUUUAAUUGUAACAUACAUAUUGAAUCAUGCUUUUCAGGUUGAAGUGGCCAAGUUUGAAGAACUUGAAGAGGUUCAUGCCGAGCUGAAACUGAAACAGUCACUGUGGAAUUCACUUGUGGACUGGGAUGUGGCUAAUGAUGAGUGGCUUGAGGUAAGGUACAUCACUUCUCCGGCGGGUGUGUGAAUAUCGGAUGAAACACUCUUUUUUGUGUUGGAUAUUUUACUUCUCAGUAAUUCUCUGUCUUUGGAUAUGAGGUGAGACACUCCUUCACGUGUUUGAUCUAUCACUUUUCGGUGUUUUUACUGUUUGGAUAUCAGUUGAAACACUCCUUCUCGUGUUUGAUGUAUUACUUUUCUGUGUUUGGAUAUCAGAUGGAACACUCCUUCUCGUGUUUGAUAUAGUUUCCAUAUUUAGACAUCAGACGAAACACUCCUUCUCAUGCUUUAAAAAUUACUUCACGGUGUUUGAAUACCUCAUGAAACACUCAUAGUGUUUCAUAUACUACUUUUCGGUGUUUGGAUAUCAGAUAAAACACUCCUACUCGGGUUGAUAUAUAACUUCUUUGUAUUUGGAUAUCAGAUGAAACAUUCCUACUCGUGUUUGAUUUAUCACUUCUCGUUGGUUAUACCGAAUAAAACACCCCAUCUCGUGUUUACUACCGUACAACAUACCUUGAUUUGUUUUUUCAGACUCCUUUUGAAGAGCUUAACCCUGAAACUCUAAGCAAUCAAGUCAUGAAAUACGCCAAGACGGUGAUGCAGCUUGAAAAAGGCCUACCACCUAACUCAGUGGUACCAAUACUGAAGGACAAGGUGGAAGGGAUGAGACACAAGGUAUUGGACCACCACCUGAACUCUCUGAUAUUGUCUUACAUGUAUUAGUGUAGAAACUGUUUAAUGUGCGUGUCUUUUUUAUGCUUGGAAGUGUUUUUGUGUUCUAGCCACCUUAGGAAAUAAUGGAAAAAAUCUGAAACUCUUUUGCAAGGCUUUAAGUUAAAAACGUAAUGUCUUAUUUCAGUUACCAGUUAUUACAAACCUUCGCAACCCUGCUCUUAAACCGCGACAUUGGGAACACAUUCAGCAGAUCUUUGGAUAUCACUUCACUGAAGAAGAACCUCUUACUUUGGGAUUACUCAAUAAGAUUGACGCAUUUGAUCACACUGAGGCCAUUGAAGAAGUUUCUGGACAAGCAUCAAGCGAGGCAUCCCUAGAGGGAAUCCUGAAAAAGGUGAGCUUUUAGACCAGUGUCAUUCGAGCGACGUAAGAUAACAUCCAUCUAGCGCUGACAAUAGAAACGCCCACGUCUCUCUUUUUUAUUAUUGUUUUAAUGUUAAUAAAGAGCAGUAAGUAGCCUGAGAAAACAGACGAUACAUCGAGACGCCACAAACGGUUUCCCCGCGAAAUGACGUCUGAGAAACGAGUGCAAAAAUUCCACACUGAUGACGCGUCUUUACCCAGAUCCGGGUAGUGCUUCUGAUUGGUUGACGCAAAUUUCACACGCGGCACGACCAAUCAGAAGCAGUAGCCAGAUCUGGGUAGUGACACGUCAUCAGUAUGGAAUUUCUGCGCUCGUCUCUUUCUUACAACAUUUCGCCGGGAAACCUUUGGUGGCGUCGCAAAAUGUCGUCUGUUUUCUCAGGCUAAGCAGUAAGGGAAUAUCCAUCGAUACUGUUUGAAAGAGAGCCUUAACGAAAGGUAGCUUACUAGGCUUAAAGGUGAUACGUCCAUAGAGAGCGAAGGUGCACAGGGUCCUGGGGAGAUGUGUUUGUCGUUAGAACAUCAAAACCCGUCGAAAACCUUUGAAAAAAUGGGUUAUUUUGAUCGCGUUACAGUUUCGUUCCACAUUCUAUAGACCGCAAACCAAGAGACUGAGGGCUCGCAAGAUCGGCUUGCAGUAUAAAAUACGCACAAAAGCGAAGAAUUCGUUUACAGUAGAUUCAUAAAGAUCCCUUUGGGCUAAUUAAUCGUGCUAAGCGACGGUAAUUCACUUAUUCACACGAAACUCCUCUGGACUCUGUGAAUGUAUUGCUCCACAAAGUCGCGAAAUUUUACAGGCGUUUGUAUGGUGGGAACACUAAGGGAAUAUCCAUCGAUACUGUUGGAAAUAGAGCCUUAAAGUAAGGUAGCUACUAGGCUUAAAGGUGAUUCGUCCAUAGAGAGCGAAGGUAUUGCUCCACAAAGUCGCGACAUUUUACAGGCGUUUGUAUGGUGGGGACACUAAGGGAAUAUCCAUCAAUACUGUGUGAAAGAGAGCCUUAAAAUAAGGUAGCUUACUAGGUUUAAAGGUAACACAUCUGAAGAAAGAGAGCAAAGAUAUUGCUCCACAAAGUCGCAAAAUUUUAUAGACGUUUGUGUGGUGGGGGGCACUUGCAAAUAGGUCUUUCCCGAUUGUGCUCGUAAAAUGCUGGAAAGUUGCUCACUGGAAUGCCAAAAAGUUGCCACCUAAAUUUCAAAAGUUGCCAUCUAAAUUUCUUGAUAUUUUUAUAUAUACGUUAAUUAAAAGCUUUAUUUUCCGUUCUUCACAAUAAUUACUAAGAUCGGUCAAGAAAAAUAGCUGGAAACUUAGCUAUUUCUAAUUAAAAGAAAAAAACAUUUAAAAAAAUUAAAAAUUGAAAAAAAAGAUAAACAUUCAAGAAAUUCGCAUGAAUUGAAGUUUUCUAUGAAAUCGUUGACUUUUUCGUGCUUGAUAUGUGCUUUACACCUAUAUUUUGCUCAAAAGUUGCUCAGAAAGGCAAAAUUUGUUCGAGAAGGCUAGAACCGCAAAAAGUUACUACAAACGCCAAAAGAUGCUCAAAAGUUGCCGAGCACAAUCGGAAAAGGCCUACUUGCAAACUUGGCAACUUUACUGAUUAUAACGCGUUCUUUCCAGCCUUGCUGACGUAUUUUAGCUAACUGGUCCCAGUCGAAAAUUGAAAAAACCUUGUAAGUGUCUAUUAUUUGAGCGAAUCAUAUCUCAAAGCUGAAUUCAAGUGUGUGCGCGUCAAGCACGAUUUGAAAAAUGCAUACCGGAAGUUUCUUAGUCUGCGCACGCAGUCCUUUUAGAUCGUAACGACUACCCUCUCAAAAAUAACUUUGUAUUAGGUGGCACCUUUUCUGCCCACCUACCCCUCCCCUAAGCCAACAUUUGCCCUAAGUGAGAAGUAAGUGUUAAUGUUAGCUUAGGGGAGGGGUAGGUGGGCAGUUUCCAGAAACCUAAAUUGGUCCAGAUUAGAUGUAGCGGAUUCAGCGAAAGGUUUACUGAUGUAUGACGUAAAUGUUCUGACGACUUCCACCUUUCUGUUGUGUUUUUCCUUUUCGUCCGUGUUUGUAGGUUGAAGAUUCUUGGAAGCAGACAGAAUUCAUCGUGUUGCCCCAUCGUGAAUCCAAAGAUGUGUUUAUUCUGGGAGGAAUCGAUGACAUUCAGGCUUUGCUGGAUGAUAGCAUGGUGAAUGACAGUUCAUUUGUCAAGUCAGUCUGGGGCGUAGCCAGCUUUUCUACUAGUUGUAGGCCUGGCUGACUUUCAUUUCCACAUAUCCUGAAAAUUGCACGCAUGACUUUGAGCUCUUAAGCUUUUUAACUCACCCCAACAAAGCAUAAUUUAUUACAAGCGGUAGAGUGAUCAAAACAAAAAUUUGUAGGCCCAAGCCUACAAUUCUAUGGGCUUGUUACGCCCUUGUCAGUCAUUUUAGCUGAUCUCGUGUUCCCCAUUACACGCAGGAAAAUGAUACUUAAAAAUUGCGAAGGUUUAAGAUUCUUUUAAAAGUGCUUAGAAAAUUUAACGGAAGAGAAAGAAUUUAACUGAGCUAUGUUUAAUAGAUGCUUGUACUGAAGAUUAAAUAUCACAUGGAACGUUAAUGUCGUCCUCAGCCCGUACACCGUAAUUUUUAGGGAGUUAUUAUAACUCCAAAAAUGGAGUAAAAAUUUUAGUUACAGGAUAACCCCUUUUUGGGGGUUAUUUUAACUCCUAAUUUAACUCCGAAUUUGGGGUCAUUUUUACUCCUGAAAAAGAGUUCAUGUUACUCCCAAGUCUGGAGUUAAAAUUACUCCGAAAUGGGGUUACUUGUACUCCUUACAGGGGUUGUUUUUACUCUUUUUGGAGUUAAUUUAACUCUGAAAGUGGAGUAAAAAUUUUAGGUACAGGAUAACUCCUUUUUUGGGGUUAUUUUAACUCCUCAAUAUCUGGGGUCACUUUUACUCCUGAAAAAGAGUUCUUUUAACUCCUUUUUGGAGUUAAAAUAACUCCACGAAAAAUAACUCCACUGUAAGGAGUUAAAUUAGCCCCACUAGAGGAGUUAUUAAAACUCCCUGAAAAUUACAGUGUAAUAAGUCAUCUGAUAUGAUGCACCUACGAUCGCAGAAAAAUCAGGAUCAUCUUAAGAGCAGUGAAGCUGUGUUGAAAAUUUAUUCUUUUACUUGUAGAUCAACAUUUCCACCAUUGCUGGUUCUCGUCACGUUGGACCCAUCAGACCAAGAGUGGAAGACUGGCAAAGGCAGUUGCAUCUCUUCAGCGAAACUCUGGUGAGAUAUUUAACAAUUAUUCCACGAGUGUGCGUUGAACAUAAGAUGGUACUAUGAUCAUCUCAUAUCCAACAAGCGCGAGUGGAAUAAUUGUUUUAUUAAAAACGCUCUCAAAAUAUCGAGAAUUCUUCCCGACUGUAUUUGUAUAAACAACCGAUUUUCAGCUUGUUUUUAAUUUUGAGCAGACGCUUGCAGUUACCAUAUUUGGAGAGCAUGGUAUAAUGGCCCAAAUACCAUGAUGGCAAAACCAAUCGGAGCUCUAAAAUUGCGUUAUCCAAUGAUUCAGCAAAGAAAGCAGUAAAUGAGCAAGCGCUUACCGCGGAGAAACCCACGUGCUCACCUCAUGAUUGGGUUAUAUUCAACUUCUGAUUGGUUGUGAAAAUGGCGCGACUUGAUUACUUCUUACUAGUCAGCGCCAUUCAUGGGAUAGCGCAUGUGAGAACCUUGUAAAUGGCUUGUGAUUGUUUGAAGAAAAAGCUGCGACUUACUGUUGAUUCUCCAAAUCCUUCUUUGUCUAGGAUGAGUGGAUGACAUGCCAGCGUAAUUGGUUAUAUCUAGAGAGCAUCUUCAGUGCUCCCGAUAUCCAGCGCCAGCUUCCCGCCGAAGCCAAGAUGUUUUUAACAGUGGACAAGUCUUGGAAAGAAGUUAUGAGAAAAGUGCACAGGCUACCCAAUGCUCUCAGGGCUGCCACACAACCUGGUUAGUCAUUUUAUGCAUGCGUACGGCCUUCUCAUAAAAUUAAUUUUGGUCUGUUCGCUUUUUUCUCUUGUUCUUUAACUUGAUGCGUUCUUAGUUUCUUAGCUGCCCAGGCAGACAUGGGUCUCUAAUAAUUUCUAAAUGUAUACCAGUUUUAUGUAUACAAAGCAAGUUUGGGUAUCAAGGUUUGUUAAUAAAGGCCAGUGUCAUAAGUAGAUAUGAUCGUCCUGGUGCAGUACGUUGUGGUGUCUACCACGAUGCGUCCUCUCACGCGCUUAACUUCCUCACAGGUUUAUAUUAAUUGAUUAACUUUUUUGUAAUCUCUUUAAAGCAAGACGUGAUACAUUUUCCUCUAAAACAUCGAUACGAGUUGAGUUGUGUAAAUUAUUUUUAAAUGAAUACUUCGUAACUCAUGUUCUUAUUUGUUGCCCAGGUUUACUGGAGAUUUUUCAAAAUAAUAAUGCUCUUUUGGACCAAAUUCAGAAGUGUUUGGAGGCGUAUCUGGAAUCUAAAUGUGUUAUUUUCCCAAGGUACACAUCAUUGAGCUUAUUAUUCUAUCGUGAAAUGAUAAAUUGCCAAUCAGUGAUUUAUCAAUUAUUUCACUUGUUAAUAGAAUGACUGUGAAAGAGUAGAAAGAUUAAUUUUGAAAGGCCGUUGGAGCUAAUGGUUUUGACUGUUUACAGUUGCAUUUGCGACUUAAAAUUUCUUUUAAUUGCGACCAAAAAGCAAAGAGGAGUAAAAGUUGUGAAAUAUAUCUUGAAAUGUUCAUUACAUCUCGAGCGGGGUUAGACAAAAACGAUUCUGAGCCUCCGACGAGGAUUUGAACCCUUGAAAAACCCAUGGUAAGCUUUUACUGCAAGUUUCUUAUGCGAUAACCGUCCUGCAUACUGUAGGAACCGGAAGCGUGAAAGCAUUGUUGAUAAAUGUGAAGGAUGGAAACCUUCCAUCUCGAUGCUCACAGGUUCAUGUUGUGAGAGGUUUUUGUGUUGCUUGCAGGUUUUGCAAAUUAGUUGUUAUUAUUAUCAUUUUCAACUACUGACCGCCAUUUAUAUAUUACAUUCCUUCUGACUAUAGGUUUUACUUUCUGUCGAAUGACGAGUUGUUGGAGAUCCUGUCACAGACAAGGAAUCCCCACGCAGUUCAGCCCCAUCUGCAGAAAUGCUUCGACGCCAUUGCAAAGUAGGUUGAUCGCUUCGUUCUUUUUAGAUAAACGCAUGACACGUUUGUCUCUAAGUUGCUGCAGCAAGUGUACAUCGCAGUUGUUUAGCUUUAUAAUCAUGUAGAAAGAGUAUAAGGAAAUCCGCGCCGUAAUAAGUCUAUUAUAUACUACUUAUUAACCUCGUCUGUUCGGUCAUUACAGGGAAAUCUCAGACCUCGGCCUUGAUGUAUUGGCCGAGUGAAGCUGAAGCGCUUUACAAAGAAUGUCCUUCAAAUUUGGGCUGAAUAGACGAUUUCUUCAAUUUUCAUUUCUCUUCAAUUAGCAGAUAGCGAUAGUUCAUGUUUGUAAUCAUCUUUUUUGUCGUUCAGAUAUGCCAACCACUGAAACAGAGGUACCCUUUGUUUCAAUAGACUAUAUGAGUCUCUGAUUGGCACAUUAUUUUGGAAAAAAUAGCCAAUAAAAGUUUUGAAUACUAGUGCAAUGGCAAGGCGAAAUAAUUUUCAUGCUAUCUAAAAUUGUAUCCUCUUGAUUCCGAAAUCUUUUUCAGACUGGAGUUUGGCACCACUGCGCAGGCGCCAACUACACCUCAAUCAGGAGCAGAAAAACCGCUGACCCCAACUGGAGACAGACGUGAGUGAAACAACGAUUACAGUUUCGUGCUAGUAACCGAUUGAUCUUGAUCCAUGCCCCGGCAAAAUCUGCGGGGAUGCCAGACACGUGUCCCUAAUUCCACCCAGGCCGAGUUGUUCUAAAGGUGGACAACGCUAUCCACUGAAUGAAUCUCUAUCCAGUGGAUAAAGAAGCGAUUGGUUUCCUAAUUCUAAUUCUCUGGAUAGUGAUUUAUCCGGUGAAUAGCGGUAUCUGACGGUUUCACAACCGGGGCUUGGUGUUUAACAUAAUCUCGCUGUAUUAGGAGUGCGUUCUUUUACGUCGAACGCAAUACGUUUAUCAUGUAGGAAGUUUUUCAUAACGUUGGUGUGUUUUGAGGCUUAUUCGAUUUUUCAGUAUUUAUUUUCCUUAUUCAGUUGCUUUUUCUUCAACAGCCACCUCGGCUGGCAAGGCUGCUGAAACAAAAACAAAUGAUAUCUUAGCAAUGAUUUCCCCAGAAGGAGAAAGAGUUGGACUCACCAAGGUAAUAAAUAUAAUUAUUUCUUUCUUUGUCAACGAAAAAACCCUUUGCUGUCCAUUUUAUAAUGAAAUCAAAGGGCGCUUUCCAAGAGUCAGAACUGGCUGGCCAGACCAUGGCUGGAGCAGGCAUUUUGACAAAGAAAUAGUCUUUUUCUGAGAGUUUUUGCUGAAAAACCACCUCCUUCCUUAUAGCGAAUACCCCGUUAUAACGAAUUAUCUGGUUAACAGCAACAAUAUUCGUUAUAGCGGGGUAAUGUAAUAAAUAACAAUUACCAAAAAUUCAAUACUGCACAUUAUUUUUAUUCAUUUGAUACUGUAAACUGUAAGUGUAAAGCGCUGACAAUCCAGACAACAAAUUCAAAAACACUUUCAAUUAAAGCAAGUUGUGAUUUCUACUCAAAUCUGUCGCUUUUACAGACUGCUACGAGCGAAUGGACAAAAUAUUUGUUACAGCGGGGUAAAUUGUGCGUUAGGACCGUCAAAAUCUAUUCGUUAUAGCAGGGAUUUUUUUAAAGCGGAGUUUGUUUCCACAUUUUACUGUAAUUCUGCCGGGCUUUCAGAUGUUUUUCGUUAUAACGGAGUCUUCGUUUUAGCGGGGUUCCACUGUAAUUUGGCUACUUUGUCUUGUCAUUUAGGGUCUGAAAGCUCGUGGUAACGUUGAAGACUGGCUGGGUAAAGUGGAAGAAUCUAUGGUGUCAUCACUCAGACGGCUCGCUAAAGCUUCUAUUGCUGACUAUGAAAGCAGACCGAGGGAGGAGUGGGUCACACAACACCCCAGUCAGGUGAUUUGGUAGCGACAAACUACAAUCUUACUCAGACGGUUUGGAAAGGGUAGAAGCUCUUGCUUCUAUCCCCUCAAGCCUAGUGUAGUGUUGCACAAAUUUGAACUCUCUGAGCAUUCUUUCAAUACUUCCAACAAGGCUUUGGACUUACAUUGUAUUGGAUCCAGGUCUGUCCUUGCUGGGUUUGUCUUGGCUGAACUUCAUUGUCUAGAGCGUUUCUUUUAUAUAUAGCGGUUUUAGUGUUAUGGGGUAUGGUAAAGAUAGACAACUGUUAUUGUUGUUUUGCAUAUCUGUAUGUCUAACUUCUUAUAUUUUCUCGCAGAUUGUUUUGACCGUCUCUCAGACCAUGUGGUGUAGAGACAUAACAGAAUGCCUACUCACUGAAGACGACAGAUUAGAAGCCAUGAAGAACGCUGAACAGAUGUGUGUUACGGUACGUUUAUACUGGAAUCUGAAUUAGCUUCACUGAUACCCCUUUCUCAGUGGGAGCGAGAAACUGAAAUCACUUUCUAGCAAAUGUUCUUAGGACGUUGUCUCUCGCGACUAAGCCCUUGGAAGGUCCAUCUAGGAGGCUAGGAGAGGACAAAACCACGUAAAAACAGCGUUGAUCAGUCUCUCAGGUGAUCAAAAGGCGAGAAGAAAAGGGAAGCUGGCUCGCGAGGACGCAUACAGUUGUCUCACACCUCUUUAAAACCUUUAAUUUCAUUGACGUCCUAUAUGUCCAGGGAACGAGCGAGGGAAGACGGAGACCCUUACAUUCUCAUGCGCACGUUUUGCUUUUUAUAUAGCCUGUUACGCAGAGUAACAAAGGCGGGGGUUGUAACGAAACAAACUCUUACCCACAAUCCCUCUCUCUCUUUUCCUCUGAAGCGAACGGAUCUUGGGAACGAGUUUGCUUCUGAACGAAAAAAAAUUGUCAUAUAAACGACGAGUGUGUUGUUAUUUUUCUCAGAUAUUAAGACUAAACCGAGUGAGAGGAAGCGCACAAAGUGGCUUCUUGUUAGGAACUGACGCGCGAAAGUGUCGAUAUUUUCUGGGGGCACGUGCGUUUUGCGCGUUUUAAUAGAAAAAGAGAUAUCUCGUUCACUUUCGAGCAAAAUGCGAAGACGGGACAAGAGCGACUGAAUGAAUAAUGGAAGACUUUGUAUUUUGUUUUACCCAGAACCUGAACAAACUGGCAGCCCUGGUUCGUGGAGAGCUUCCUAAACUUACAAGAAACAUCCUGUGUGCUUUGAUCACCAUUGAUGUUCAUGCCAGGGAUAUAGUUACUGGAAUGGUGGCACAUCAGGUCAGGCCACUUAAGAUUGCUUUUAAUCAAAAUUGUUAUAAACGAUUUUUCAAAUUGCACGUUGUACGAUAUGGUGGGAAAAAGAAUACCAAGCAAAAGUACUAGUAAAAUGGUUUAUUUAAAUGGUCGCGUCCAAGAAGUUUUUUCAUUCAUAGGCUCGAAAGGUAAAAGAACCGUCCACAGUCAGCCCACGCUUAAGCAUUCCAUCUACGCAAUCAAAAUGUAGGAGUGAGUACAUUGACCAUGCAAUUGAAUGGUUGGUAAUAGGAUUACGAGGAUCCCAGUUCUGUCUGAAAUGCUACAAGUGAUCAAACAGAGUUGUGAAAGAUGGAUUCUCUUAAAUUAAUCAGGAGUAUGAUUAAAGGCGUGAUAAUAAAUGUAAUUUUGUAACCCAUUUAUCAAAACCGUAUCACAAUUUAAGAAACACUUUCAGGUAAUUUCUACAUACUAGAGUUUUUAGCCAAAACGUAUGGGUAAAAGAACCCACUCGAGUUCAACUUUUCAAUCACGGUGCGCGAAGUGACGCGUAGUAACUAUGCUGGUCUAUUGAUUCUGAAAUAACUACGCCUGUUUGUUGAUGAUGUCAUUGAAAAAAAGGCAAAAAUAUAAACAAACGAACAGAAAACAUUGUGUUCAAGUAGUACUGCGAAGUAUUAUAACUUUUGCAGUUUUUUUUCUCUCCCAACCAUUUCAGGUUGAUAAUGUGAACAGUUUUGAGUGGGUAAAACAGCUGCGUUAUUACUGGGACCCAGACCUGGAUAACUGUGUUGUGCGCAUGUCUAACUCACUCUACAUAUAUGGUUAUGAGUACCUUGGAGCUUCGCCUCGCCUGGUCAUCACUCCACUAACAGUAAGUGGUUGUUUUAUGUAAUAUUUAUGCAUAUACACAGGUUUAAUUUCUCUUGUAUUCCCCGGCCGGCAUACAAUCCCCUGCCAGCGCAUAGCUUGGGUCGGUAUGCGUAUUUAGGUGGUGACGCCGAUUUUGUCUGCAGUUAAAAAUUUAGAGUCCCAUGUUCACCCUAAACCGCUUUUUCUCGCUUGUCUUUUUGUUUGAAACGCUACAACUGAAGCCUCAGAUAUUCCGAAAAAAAUUAUGCCGAUAAAAGUUGAAUUUGCUCCCCUAAGGUAAUUUGUAGAUUUUCGCUUACAUGUAAAUGAGCACGUUGAGGCAAAAAAAUUUGGGGGAACUUGAACCUUAAAAGCUGCAUUUCAUGUAAUAUAUCAAACAUGAGAUGCAGUGUUUCAUCACCAGAUGAAACACCGAGAAAGAAGGUUUGUUCCGAAAAACGACGCGCAUUCGAGUAUUUUUUGACGAAAAUUUUGAGGUGUUUCAUCUGGUGAUGGUUGCCCUUGUUAUCGAAAAGCUCUUUUGUCAGAACAAUCAAACAAAAUCAUUUUUGAAGGAGAAAUUAAGGAUGCAAAAAUGAGCUGUUUUGCAUCUGAUAUCCCAACACUCAUUAAACAUUAAUUUCCGUUGAAUUUUCUUUAUGAAUUAUUAAUGAGUUUGAGAAGCUCUCGUCUUUAACUUUACUCUAUUCAUUGUAAAGGUAGCAUAAAAUAAGAUCCUAUUCUACACUAACAGCAGGGUAAAGAGCUCUUUAUAACCUUGUUUUCCGUUCAUUUUAGGAUCGCUGUUACUUGUGUUUGAUGGGAGCAUUACAACUUGACUUAGGAGGAGCGCCCGCAGGGCCUGCUGGGACAGGAAAAACAGAGACCACUAAGGUGAAUGAAUUACAUUGAAGUUUUGCUUUGUAUCUGUUCAAGAAAAUAGCAAAUUAUUUCAUGCAUCAUGAAAGGGAACAUCAUGCCAACACCUGUAGUACUUUUCCUCGCACUCUGUGCUAUUCUUAUUUGUUUUCCUAAACUUUGUUUUCCGUUCCGAAAAUUUGGUGACAGUAUUUUAUAAGAGAUCUUCCGUACCCUUAAAAAGACAAAGUGUUUCAACUCUGGCAAACACGCUGAUUCCUCAUUGUAGGUGAAAAGAGUGAUUUAUUCCCUUUUGACUGUGUUUGAGAACCCCUUGAAGUGCGUUUAAGAUACUCCCCUACGUGUCGUAUUUUCAACUCUUCUCGGAGUUUGACAUGUAGUAACACACUUCAACCUGUGUUUGGUAAAUAACGCAAAUGUACUCUCUACUUCCAGGAUUUAGCCAAAGCCCUUGCGAAACAGUGUGUGGUAUUCAACUGCUCCGAGGGGCUGGACUUCAAGAUGAUGGGAAGGUUCUUCUCUGGAUUGGCGCAGUCAGGGGCCUGGUGCUGUUUUGAUGAGUUUAACAGGAUUGAUAUUGAAGUGUUGUCUGUCAUUGCUCAGCAGCUGCUUACCAUCAGAAACGCUAAAGUUGCAAAGGUGAUUAGUAUACCUUAUUUGAUUAUCAGCAAGAAACAGGGCGUUGUCCAUUUGCACCCUAAAAUGGUAAUGAGAAGUCCGCGAAACAAAAGCAAGCGCGCACUUCGAAUAACCGUCCACCCCGUAGAUAGGAGAAGUUAAUAGCGUCCAGCCUCAAAUAACCGUGAUUUAGAAACACGUUUACAGUAAACGCCAGGUUCAAGUUGACCGUGUGGCAAAUAUUAGGAAAUAAGUAGAAAAAACCGGUGCAUGAUUAUUCUUAGGUAUGAAUUAAAACUGGCGUUAAACUACUUAUUUUUGAGUCAAUAUAAUCAGCAGUAAAAGAAAGAGAACGCCACCAAUUCAUCUGCACAAAUUACAGAAGAGACUGCCGCUCUUGCUUUGAAUUGUGCAGGCACAGAAGACGCUGUCAAGUGCACCUUGUCCAGAGCAAAAAUCUAAGGAGACUGACCAAUGCCUACUAGAAGACAAGUAGUGGGAAAAUUCAGUCACGUGGCACAAAUUGGUCUCUUAACUACUAUUAUGUGUUUAUUACAGGCAUCACGCUUUAUGUUUGAAGGCCGUGAAAUCAAACUCAUCCCAAGCUGUGCUGCAUUUAUCACUAUGAAUCCCGGAUAUGCUGGGCGUACAGAGCUGCCUGAUAACUUGAAAGCUCUGUUCAGACCAAUGGCUAUGAUGGUGCCAGAUUAUGGUAAGCUAAUCAUCUUCUGCGGCCCCUGAAAAAUAUCCCGCAUAAGAUAAUAAGAAAAAACAAUCCCAAAUUCCAUGGUUGUAAAGAUGCUUUAUAACAAGGAGUCCAGAGUAAUAGAUAACCGACGUUUAAUCUACAUGCUUACUACACCGAUCUGACAGCCUCGUGCUCACACAUCCGGGAAUCCUAGUCUACACAAUACAAUCCCAUAUAUGGUAGCAACACUAUAAAUAUAUGGUAACGACACUACAGUGGUGUUAAAUAUUGAAAACACUAGUACCCUGUGAAAGUGCUGAAAGCUGAAAAAGGUUUCAUAUAAACGUUAAACGCUUUUCCUAACAGAAUUCCGUAGCAAUUUGUCACCACGUACGAAGAUGAUGAAAGUCAUACUUGUAUGAGAGACCUUUAAACUCUAAGACGAGUACGACUACAAGAACGAGAUUUUCUCAUUAAUAAGAAGUGCGCACGCACGAACCAGCGUCAUUUUGGCGGGAAAAGAUGAUAGCCGUCGUCAUCCUACUACAGAUUUUCAGAGCGAGAAUGUCGUUGUAGCGGAAGCAAGUUAUCAAAUGUUAGAAGUUUUAUCGUUUUAGCAUCAGGAGAGGGUUUAACCACCCUUCAUUAAAAGAUGAUAGUGCCAACGUUUCUGGCGGGAAAAAGUACGAUGAAACUUUCCGGGGUAAAUAUUUUGAGAGCGAAAAGAUUAAGAAAUGCAUUUCUGCUCAAGUUGGUGGCAGUCUCCACUAUUUGAAUCUCGAUAAAUUUGAUGACACAGCUCCUUCAAAUAUACAAUUCACCAAACAUGUAUCCUUAUUCCACAGCCUUAAUCGCUGAAGUGAUUCUAUACUCCGAAGGCUUUGAGUCCUCGAAGAACCUGGCUCGUAAGAUGGUGCAAAUGUACCGCCUCUGUAGCGAGCAGUUGUCCCAACAAGAUCAUUAUGAUUUUGGUAUGAGGGCUGUCAAAUCAGUGCUUGUCAUGGCUGGUGCACUCAAGAGAGGCAAUCCCAAUCUCAAUGAAGAUAUUGUGCUUAUUAGGGCUCUCCGAGAUAGUAAUCUGCCCAAGUUUCUUAAACAGGAUGCUGAGCUUUUCAGAGUAAGUUUUGGCCCUUGUAAGGGAAACCAAGACAGUCUUGGAUUCCGGAAUCCAGAAUCCAGGUACCACAUUCCAGUCUCGGUCAGUGGAACUUGGAUUCUGGAUUCCAAACUUAAGUAGGAUUCCAGAUUCCACUAGCAAAAGUUUCCAGGAUUCCUGAUACCAGAAGCAAAAAUUUCCCAGGUUCUGGAAUCCAGUGUCCCUUACAUGGUGCGAUACGUUUUAUAGAAAGGUUUAAGGUCAUUCGUCUGUUACCUGCGAGCAACCUUUCCCCGCCCCUCACACACGCGUCUCCUUUCGCGUGUGGCUCUCGCGUGACUUCUCGCGACUAACCCAAAUGGAGGGCUUGCUCGCAGGCUAACGCGUCUGGAAUAGAACCUACAGUGAGUUUUUGGUCAAACUUUACCGAUUGCUCGUUUAUAAAGAAGAAAAUAUCUAGGUUUAAGGAGGCCAAUGCAAAAGUCCACUUUCGAAUUCGUCGCGGCUGCUGAAUAGGGGCACUGAAGACUCAUUUAUACAGGGCUAGCCUCGACCUAAAGUAAAAUAUUCACAAAUACCGGCGAGAAGGUGCCUGAAUUUGAGUUCAAAACAAUAUACACGGUAGUACGUAAGUCUUCUUCUGACUGAAAUAUGUGCAUAUGUUUACCUUAGGUCGAGGCUAACCCUGUAUAAACGGGUCUUCAGUUCUUUUCGGCAGCGGCAACAAAUUCGAAACUGGACUAUGGGUUUGAAUAAGCAGAUAGGGGGAAGACCUUUCAUUGUCAAGCUUGUCUCGCGCUCCACUUUCGCUUCAUACUAGCCUGAAAAAUGCAAAAAAAAGCGCCUGUCCUGCAUGCUACAUUGAGAAUGAGUUUUCCAAAUUUCGAAAAUUUCGAAAUGAGUGUACAGAGCGCGUGUCACACAUUGGAAAGCUUCCCAAGAAUAAUUUCUCACUUGACGCCUAAACUUUCUCUUUUUUGAUGCUUUUAUGCUUCUGACCUUGAGUCUACACGAUAAUCAUGCCGUUUCCUUGAUUUUAUUAUUAUUACCCGCGAUAACUAACCCUACUUUUUUCGCGCUAAUUGGAACCAAAACCGAUUUCUUUGACAACGUUUUUACCCUCGGUUGUUGUUAACUCGAACUCCCGCUAACGAACCAAUCUUCUUUUCCCCUCAGGUCCAUUAUUUUUUGCCCUCGAUAACUCGUGUUUUGAGCCCUUAAAAUCGGGAAAAAAAGGUCUAGAUUCCGAAACAUUGAAUUUUGGAUUUCCCAUGACUGUUGUAAAUAGUUUACUAGUGGAGGCUGAUGUUGAUUGUCGAAGAAUGUUUUCUCAAAACAGUAAAACGCUAUGUUUUGUUACGUUACGUUCUGAUAUAUAAUCUAGAAGUAUCUUUUAAUUUUCACUUGACAUUUCUACAAUUGAAUGUGAUAAAAAUGUUCACUGUGCAGUAAAACUGUUUUUUACCUUAGUCUUGGCUAUUUUCUUUGGGAUCCCGAUAACUCGAACCUUUUUUCGAUUUCCCUUGAAGGUUCGAGUUAUCGUGAGUCGACCGUAUUACUACUACUACUUUUUUAAAGCUAUCUUUGACAACGUUUUUGUUGUUGUUGUUGUUUUGUUUUCCAGGCCAUUCUUUCAGAUCUGUUCCCUGGAAAGGAGAUUCCAGAUCACGACUACGGCAAAUUGCAAGCUACUAUCGAAGAAUGUUUGCUGAAGAAAGGUUGCCAGGUAUUGCUUUCAUUCUCUCUGGACUCAAUAUAUUUACCGCGGCAGGUUUAGCUCCUCGGUCGCUUGACUGGCUCUUAAAAUGACCACGUAAAAUGAAGGUACUUCCUUUGUCCUUCAAACGGCUAGACCUUCGCGUGGCUCGGAUGACCACGUAAAAUGGCGGUCCCGUCGUAAAAAUAGUGUCCACAGUUAUUACUUUCGUGCUAAAUACAUUGACACUCAAAUAAAGUGCUUUUUUUUUUUUAAUAGCAGACAUUUUCGAUAAAAUAAGGUAUAGUUAUGGUCUAUGGCAGUUCGUACUGUUUGAAUUUCGAUGAAACUCAUCCACAGAGAUGAGCGUGUGGUAGAUGCCUAACUGAAACGCCGGUGGAGCCACAGACAGCAGCUGAUUUUUAAUUCAAUUUGGUGGCGUUUCCCGCUGUUUGAAUUUCGAUAAAUUUCGUGAUACACCUCCUUUAAGAGUUAUUUCUUUUAUUAACCGUGUAUUACAGGUUGUUCCAUCCAUGGUAAAGAAGACGAUUCAGCUGUACGAGACCAUGAUUGUUCGACAUGGUGUGAUGACUGUUGGUCCCACUGGAGGUGGAAAAACCACCAGCUAUGAGGCAAGCGGUUGUGAAAAGCCUUCUUUUCUUUCAUUAUACUAGCCCGAGAGCAAGCUCUCCAUUUGGGGGAAUCGCGAGAAGUCACGGGAGAGCAGAGCGCGAAAGAAAAAAACGAGUGCGAGGGGCGCCGCUCCCGGCUCGCUUCGCUCACCAUAAAUGGAGAGCUUGCUAUCAGGCUACGGUCAUACUGGAAACACGUACGUCGGAGAGCACAGCUGAAAAGCGUUCUUAUGAGUUAAAGAAUAUAUUUUAAGGAGGGUUCCACUCUAAAUUCGAGAUUGCUCCGAAUCUCUCAAUUUAAGGAAAAGUUUUCUUAUUUUACUAGAAAAUUUAAAGUAAAUCAAAGGAUAAGAACUCUUUUUCUGUAAUUUAAACAGGCAGUUUGAAUUUACGAGAACAAAAAAUUUUCCAUGAUUUGUUUUAAUUUUUUUUCCUAAAAUAAGAAAUCUCGAAUUUAGAUUGUUUCACUUACUACAACUCUUACUUACUUUGAAAUGGUAUUCCCUCUGACUUGCAGGUUCUUAAGGACACACUGACAGCAUUAUAUGAAGCAGGAGAAGACAAUCCCUAUUACCUGAAAGUUCACACCUACGUAUUGAAUCCCAAGGUAAAAAUAACUCCAUGACUUGCGUAAAAUAGGUAAAGUUUGAAUGCUCACACCACUGGGUUUCCUCCACAAGUUUACAAGGUAGAGUAACAAAUCAUCUCACCCUAACUUUACUGUGGAGUAAAACGCAAAAAGGGUCUAAAUCGCACUAUUUUCUAUCUUUUAAAAGCUAUAACUUGACUUCGCAUCAAUUGAAUUCCAAAAAUAAUGAUCCAGUUUUGUUUUUUAACACUAUAUUUAGGCUUUGAAACUGUUUCCUGUCAUCUGUUGCUACGGAUGGCUAGGAUUGGCAUGGAUUGAAACUUGAAGAAACUCGGACCACGUUUUCAAGUUUUAAUGCUAUGCAUGCGUAAAUCCUCCAGAAAAAUAUUAUGGUUUAGCUCACCCAUGGAAUUUGUUUGAUAUCUUCUUCAAAACUCUACAUGAGCAUUUUGUGGAUCUUUAUACGUUUCUGGGAAACUGCCCACCUACCCCUCCCCUAAGCCAACAUUUUGCCUGAGGGAGAAGUAAUUGUUAAUGUGGGUUAGGGGAGGGGUAGGUGGGCAGUUUUCCAGAAACGUGUAUUAAUCCCAUUUUGUUUUGGGUAAAGGGACUCAGCAAUAUCCUCGUGACGUAGCUUCUUUAAGCAAUUAAUUGCAAGUGUGAUGUUUGGCUAUUGCAGGCUGUUAGCAUGGGUGAGCUGUAUGGGGAGAUAAACAAGCUAACAAUGGAAUGGAGAGAUGGACUCAUGGCUAUCACUGUCCGAGUUUGUGUUCAGGUAGGUGCUCCUGAACAAUAUGGGUUCAGGUUCAAGUUGCUCUUUUUUACGCUGAAUAGACAGGCUAUGUGGGCGGGAUUGUAGUGUGCUUCAGUCUCCAAGAUAGGUGGGAAAGCGGAUCGAGAAAAGUUGCGGGAAACCGCAUGGGAGCUAGAGAGAGACGCGGAAGUGGAACCUAUUAGCGUUGUUUUCCACACAUCUGAUCAUACCGGCUUCUGGUAUUCCUAUGGUUGGUCAGUUUUGACAGUUUACGUGAACACAUAUGUGAGUCACAUAGCUCCGCGUGCGCAGAGACAAACAAACAUUGCGAGCGUGUGAAACUUUCCUUCACCGCAUAUUUUGACCUUCCGACACGAGAAACAGUAUUUCUGAUAGUUAGCGGACUGAGGAAUACAGGCCCUCCCCUUCUCUCUUUCCGACGUUUUUCACUUCUCGCUCACUCUUUUGGCUCAUCUGCACUGACUUAGAGCCUGGAAUGGGCUAUACGACCCGGAUAGUAGGGAGUUUAAGCAGCAACGUCUUUGAGCGACAUACGACAACCGGAAGUGAGUUUUUUCUCUAUUAAUAUGCCUCGACGCUACCAAAUUUGUAUUGCUAAGUGUCUUUACACAUGUAUAGACAAUUUACCCAAACAUAUGUUCAAUAUCACGGCUCAAGAGGGCAAAAAGUCCACUUCCGGUUGACGUUUGUUGCUCCAAAACAUCGCUGCUUAAACUCCAUAAUCACCGUUUUUGACUGUCUCCCCACAGGACACCACUGAAGAUCACAAGUGGAUUGUGUGUGACGGACCUGUGGACGCUCUGUGGAUCGAAAACAUGAACACUGUUUUGGAUGACAACAAGAUGCUUUGUCUAGCCAACAGUGAGCGAAUCAAGCUUAACAACACGAUGCACAUGUUGUUUGAGGUCCAAGAUCUGGCUGUCGCUUCUCCAGCCACUGUUAGCAGGUGCAUGCGAUAAAACAUAAAGUGUCCAGUUGAUAUUAGCCUGAGUGAAAAAAAGGGACAUUUUGUGACUCCUCGACUGGUUUUCCAGUUUGUUUGUUUGUUUGUUGUUUUUUUUUUUUCUGAGAAACGAGCGCAUAAAUUCCAUACGUAUAACUACCCAGGUCUGGGUAGUUAUACUUAUACAUCAUCAGUAUGGAAUUACUGGGUUCGUUAUUGAGACGUCAUUUCGCGUGGAAACCAGUGGUAGCGUUGCGAAAUUUCGGCUGUUUUCUCAGGUUAAGUUAAAAUAGCUUGAAAGAAAGUCGGACAUUUUAUGCGGCUGAAUCAUCGUCAUCGUGACAGAUUUUAAAUGCAAUACCCCAUUAAAAAGUUCCACAAAAACUGGGCCAAACUGAUCCGUCCUCCAAAACUACCGAGCAAAUGGUGCAAUUUGACUUAACCUUCCUCGGAAUGACCAAUUGAGCGUUUCAUACCUUUAUCCGUAAAACGUAUUGUUUUUUCUUUAGAUGUGGUAUGGUAUACAUGGAUCCCAAUGAGCUAGGCUGGAGACCAUACGUCAAGUCCUGGAUGCAGAAAACUUGUACAAAGAUGAAAGACGAAACACAGGUAUUGAAAUAGUCGUUUUGCGGUGGCCUAUGACCAGUUUUACACAAACCUUUUUAACACGCAAUAUGUCGAUGAAACUCAUAAUUAUUCUUUUCAAUCAACAGGAGUAUUUGAUGAACCUGUUCGAAAACUACGUGGAUAAUGGUCUUAACUUUGCGAGAAAAAAAUGUGUCCAGGCCAUGCAACAGGUAUUGUUUUACAUUUUACCGACUACCUUGUAGCAACAACAAAAUAGUUUAUAUAUUGUCCUCCAGUUAAAUCCUCUUUCAGACCCUUGACCAUUUCGGAAUAAGUCAACCUCUGCAGAGGGAGAAGGGCCCGCCCUUCUCAUUUCACCCCCUCUCCCUUUCCUUCUUCUCCCACUAUUUACUUCUCAUCAAGGUAAACCAAUCACGAACUGCACCGGUUUAUAUGAUUUACGUGCUGGUUAAAUGUGUCUGUGUGCUACUUGGUUAGAAACUUCAUUUGGCAUAGUCGAACCAGUUUGUUAUCUACAAGAAUUGCCGAAGAGUUGACCAUGGGACUCUCAAGAAAAAAUAACAGCAAGUGAUCAGCUUCGGAGUACGCGUUCGACGCGCUGACGCAACCACCCCCGCCCCUUUUCCCCCGUAAACUGCGAGAAGUCUCUUAUUUUCUUCAAAGUUACCAAGGUAGCCGGUUUUUGUCCCUACAUGCUCAACGACAAUAAGAAGGCGAAGGAUCUAAUAGGAAAGGCGUCCUCCCGUCCCCGCAACAAACCAAUCGAACGCGCUCUAAAAUUUUCGCUGUUAUUAUUGUUCUUGUUUUCUAGGUCGACAUCAACAAAGUGACAACGAUGUGUUGUCUACUGGAGAGCUUCUUCUUCCCACAGAAAGGCGGACCAGACUGGAACAUGGACACGAACAAGCUGCACUCCCUCAUCUGUACCACAUUCCUCUUCACAUUCCUUUGGAGUAUCGGUGGUAAUCUGGUCGAGACUUCCAUGGAUGCAUUUGACUCAUUUGCCAGGGAUCUGUUCUCCGACACAAACGAUGUUAAGGUGAAGUAGUUAUAUUCAAACUACAAGGUACUUUUUAUGGUCUGUUUGUUUGUUUGUUCGCUUUUUUAGCCUCGCCAUUGAAAUAACUAUAAUGUACUGAUGGUAUAAAUAAGCAUAUUCGGCCACCAGAUAAAUUAGCACAAGAAUUACAUGCACAAAUAAGCGCAAUGUGCUGUCGUUAGGACACUAGAGGUUCAACGCGACUUGAGGAUCUAGCCAUUGGUCAAGCUCGUUGUUAGAUCUGUGCGCGCCAUCGUACUGUUGUUUCGUUUUUAUUUCUGAAUCUGCCGAAUACCUGGAAUGGAAACGGCACGUUUCAGUCUGAUGGGACAGUCUCGUGUAAAGUAUAUGCCCAGUAAUAAAUGGCAGCACCUUCGACUCGGGGGGGGGGGGGGGGGUACCCGGCGGGGGGCUUCGACUUAUUUACAAUUAUUCCUCGAGCCCGAAUGUGCUCUGAGUCAAUAGCCCAUGAGGCCGAAGGCCGAAUGGGCUAUUGACUCAGAGGCCAUGAGGGCGAGAGGAAUAAUUGUUUUAGUAAAAUCCAACUAGUUGGUCAAAAAUAUCGAGAAUACAAAAAUUUAGACCUUAAUCCUUUUCCCCCCCAAAAGCUCGCGCUUUUCGCUACUAGUGGGCUAUAACAUAUAGCCUAGUAGUAGCUCAACCAAUCAGAACGCAGCAUUGAUAAUAGACCACUAGUUGGAUUUUACUAAAACUUGAUAUCAUGUGAUAUGCUUAGUGAAUUUGAAAUUCAAACUUUCCAUAUCACUUUACAGCUACCUGGAUCAGGUGACCUGUUCAGCUACUUUGUUGACUUUGACACCCGCCGACUGGAGCCUUGGGAAAAGAUCAUCCCAUCAUUCAAAUACAGUGCUGAUAUCCCAUAUUUUGACCUUCUGGUUCCUACAGUGGAUACUGUUAGAUAUGGCUUCCUCAUGGAGAAACUUCUGGCAAUCAACAGGUCCGUUAUGUAUACUGGUACAACUGGUGUUGGCAAGGUGAGAGUCUUCAAAGCUUCAUUUGAUAUUUUUUGCUUGGAACUAACAGCGAAACCGAGUUCAUCACGUGAACGAGCUGCUCAGGAGCUUUAAUUUAAGUGGUUACACGCGAGGAUUCCGUCCACAGACUCAAACGUUACUUAGAGCCACCUUGCACAGCAAAAUAUAUAGCAUUCUUUAAAGCACUGCUCGAUAACACUAUUUCGUCAUUAUUAUCGUCGUCAUCAUCACCGUCAUCAAUAUCAUCAUCAUCAUCAUCAUAACCACCACCAUCGUCAUGACAGCCAUUAAUUCAUUCAUUCUUCCAUUCAUUCAUUCAUUCGUUCAUUCAUUCAUUCAUUCAUUCAUUCAUCCAUCCAUUCAUUCAUUCAUUCAUUCAUUCAUUCAUUCAUUCAUUCAUUCAUUCAUUCAUUCAUUCAUUCAUUCAUUCAUUCAUUCGUUCGUUCGUUCAUUCAUCCAUCCAUUCAUUCAUUCUUCCAUUCAUUUAUUCAUUCUUCCAUUCAUUCAUUCGUUCAUUCAUUCAUUCUUCCAUUCAUUCAUUCAUUCAUUCAUUCAUUCUCCCAUUCAUUCAUUCAUUCUUCCAUUCAUUCUUCCAUUCAUUCAUUCAUUCAUUCAUCCAUCCAUUCAUUCAUUCUUCCAUUCAUUCAUUCAUUCAUUCAUCCAUCCAUUCAUUCAUUCUUCCAUUCAUUCAUUCAUUCAUUCGUUCGUUCGUUCAUUCAUUCAUUCAUCCAUUCAUUUAUUCAUUCAUUCAUUAAUUCAUUCAUUCAUUCGUUCAUUCAUUCGUUUAUUCAUUCUUCCAUUCAUUCAUUCAUUCAUUCGUUUAUUCAUUCUUCCAUCCAUCCAUUCAUUCAUUCAUUCAUUCCAUCCUUUCUGUUUCUUGCAGUCUGUAGUUGCCAAGGGACUUCUUACCGACAUAAGUGACAAGGCCAACUACGUUCCGAUCAUGAUGAACUUUUCAGCUCAGACCAGCAGUCAACGCACACAAGAAAUGAUUGAAGUCAAACUGGAGAAGAAGCGAAAAAAUAUCCUCGGUAAUGCCCUUGUUUCGUCUCAUUCACACGUCAGUGAUAUAAAUUGUAAAGAAAUUAUAAAGAAUGAGAAACUUCGUUAAAGGGGCCGCUGAUUGAAAAAACAAACUUUCAAGAACAACUUUCUUAAUUAAAACUUGAUAAAGUGAAAUCAGCAUACCGUAGAGAAGGUCUGGACAUUUUGUGGCCCUAAUUCCAAAAAAAAAACAAACAAACAAACAAAACGAGCAAAUAAUUUUUUCAUCAAAGAAAGCAAAACCUUGAAAGGACAUUUCCUCUGAUCUACACGCAAGUCGUUGUAUCUUUAUGUCAGAAGAAUGACUUACCCAGUGGUUACAGCGUCCCAACUAGAACUCGGCGGGUCGUGAGUUGGAUUCUCACCAGGAGCUCGGAAUUUUUUGUGAGCUUCUGGUCUUGGAAUUCCUCGUCUUUGAAGUUAUACAGAUCAUUUGACAGUAGCACCUAUAGUAUUUUAAAAAUAUAUAGACUUUGUCAUAGUCCUUCAUUCGCAGCCCUAAUAAUGGUCAUUGCAAGCUUCCCUCACCUCUUUGUUGCUAUCUUUCGGUCUGUACCCGAAAAAAAAUCUUAUCCCCACCUUUAGGGAGCUCUAGCACUAGGAAUAUCAAUUGAAUAUUAAUUGACAUCCUGUGUGGUAAAGAUCAUUGAUCUAGUGACUACUUGCAAUGUUUGUUGCUUUAGGUGCACCUGCCGGCAAGCGAAUGAUCAUCUUUGUUGACGACUUAAACAUGCCAAAGCUGGACACGUAUGGAGCACAGCCUCCGAUAGAAUUACUCAGACAAUACCAGGUACGUUGAAUAAAAUUCACAUCCUCAACUGUUCUCUUCUUAAGAAAGAUCGCGAAGGUCACAUGUCUUUUUUCUUUGCUGUUUUUUCUUCGCGGGCUGUGAAGUAACUUCUUAAUAAUGAAGCAACUUUGGGUUCAAUAACUAUUAUUAUAAUUGUUUUUUUUUUUCUUGCAGGACUUCCGUGGAUUUUAUGACAGGGAGAAACUUUUCUGGAAGGAAAUUCACGUAAGGUUUUUUUCUUGUUGAGACUUGCUUGGAUUUAUUAGGUCGUUGUCGCUUGGAAAGCAACUUAGUUUGUAUUAGUGGUUGGUUUUUCCACUCUGUUCUGUGUGUUCUCAGGGACUUUCUCGUGCUCUCUUUUGGUUUCCUACACUCGUUAAUCCACCUUCGAUUAAGUCACCCUGGAAAAUCGUUGUGAACAUAUGUGGAUAAGUUGCUUUAUGCAACCGGGUCCUGAUUACUGGCCUUACCCUGUCAAUGGCAAGACCUUCAAUUGGCUCCCAUGACUACGUAGUAACAGCGGUCUCGUCUCCAGCGGAUGUCACAAGACAAAAUCAUUUAUUAUUACUUCGUGCCUAAAGUUUGACACUUUCUUAUUUGCUCUGGUUUGCUCUUGUGAACAGGACAUGACCAUCUGCGCAGCCUGUGCCCCUCCCGGUGGCGGCAGAAACCCCGUGACACCAAGAUUCCUUCGUCACUUUAGCAUGUUCAGUAUUCCAUCAUCAGCAGAACACACUCUGAAGCAUAUCUUCAAGGUAAUGAAAAGCUAUUUAUCUAGUAUGUGUUUAGACGUCCCUUUCCUUCAUUUUAUACCAUGACCUAUCCAUCGCUUUGCGUAUUUCCUUUUUUCCUUCCUUCGCCCACCCACCCUCCCUGCCUCUCAAUACUUUCUUCCUUCCCUCCAUUUAUUCAUUUAUUCACACAAUCAUUGAUUAAUUGAUUCGUUCACUUAUUCAUUAAUUUUCUUCCUUCCUUCCAGUUCCUUCCCCUCCCUCCCUCUCUUCUCUACUCCCUCACCCCUCCCCCCUCCCUCCCCCUCCUUUUCUUUUUCCUCUGGCAUGUGUUCACCAUUUUUGUCCCUGUCUUCGAAAACCAAACCUUACUACAAGUGGUUAACUUUUUCGUAUUAAUCAUUGUCAUUUUUCAGUCCAUUGUGAGUGGGUUUUUAAUCGACUUCCCUCAGGAUGUCAGAAAUUGUGCAGAUGCGAUUGUGGGAGCAAGGUUUGUUUCUCUUGUUAGAUCUCCCUUGACCACGGUACUUCUUGUCUCCAAGAAAUUCGCGUUUUAUGAAGUAAAACAACUUUUAGCAUUCUGUAUUUGUUGCAAGACUAGGUAAAACGCGCAACAUCGCUAUUCAACUCGUGCUGCAGCAAGCAACCUAGAACUCUCUACGCUAAGAUAAUAAAUCACUUGCCAAGCCAAGUAACCUUGUUCUAUUUUUGUGGUUUCGGCUUCGUCGAAGCUGGUACCAACUGUGUCAUCAUCUUCUGUGAGUUAGUACUAUGAGUAACUCCUUAUUUCUCUUAUUUUGUAGCGUUGAAAUCUAUGUUCGUAUGAGCACAGACCUUCUUCCUACUCCGGCUAAAUCACACUAUGUGUUCAACUUACGAGAUUUGUCCAAGUGCAUACAAGGUAAGAAAACUUAUACAUUAGCUAAAAGUUAACUAGUUACCCUAGCUACAAUUAGGGAAGAAAGUAGUUGACACACUUGUCUAAAACGCGCUUCAUGAACAAUUUCGUUCAUUUAUUAUUUCAUUCUGUUUAAACGUAAUGCCUUCAAUCGCCGACCCUUACCCCCGAAUCAAUGUUGUUUGUACUAAAAGAAAGACUUGCGAGUCUUAAAUUCAACAUUGAUUUGGGGGGAAGGGGGUGGGUGUACUCAGGGGGAGGGGGAUAAAUGUGACCACUACCACAAAAAGGGUCCCUUUUACAGAAGUGUCUCAACAUUUUUGUCCCUCUUUCUAGGUAAAGAUUUGACUUGAUAAACCCCCUACCCCUCCCUCCCCUCCCCCUCCACCCACACGGCAACCUUUCUCAGUCAGUGAUUUACUGCUUUGCUGUAUUUAAGGUGUUCUACAAGCAGACCCUGGUGUCAUAAGGGAUGCUGGGCAGAUUUUCCGCUUGUUUUGCCAUGAAGCUCAAAGAGUGUUCCAUGAUCGUCUGAUCAACAAGGAAGACAAACGCUAUUUCAACACCAUUUUGUCAGAAAUGGCACAGAAACACUUCUCACAGGUGCGAAAUCUGCAAUAAAUAUUUUCUCACAAUUUACAGUUAUUCAGUGUAACUAGAGGUCAUACCAUUUGGCAUAAAUUGAUGUUGCAGAUGGGAUAGUUCUUUGUGAAAAAACAAAAAAGAGAAAGGAAAUUGUCCAUUUCUUUUCACCUGGACAAAUCUUUUGGAACUAGGCCUGCGUCUCCGUUGUGCGUCUUUGUAUUUUGGCGAAAUUAACGUUAGCGGAGUUCUUGCGCUCAGCGGAGUACCAUAAAAUUUGGGUAUGUAUGCAUCCAAGAAAUUCUUAUUUUGACAAAAUCGUUCGUACGUCCACCAUAUCAUGGUUGUUUUUGUUUUUUUUAAGUUCGCAGCUGACUAGUUAUUGGUUUUCAAUUGAUGGCAGGCUCAGGCCCAUUUUUUCUUUUAGAAGGAGUUCAGUUUGCUUCUUGCUUAUGGCAAAUUUUGAAUUACUGCGGAAAGACUUGUCUUAAAAGAUCCUUCGAGAUAUUCCCUUUUGGCCUUGUAGAAAUCUAGAUAUUAUCGGCAUCGUAAGUAAACCAUUGCCUCGUUUUCUUUAAAUACCAGAACGUGGAAGCGGAAAAGUUUGAAACCAGCCCGAUCCUUUUUGGUGAUUUCAUGAAGAUGGGCGCUGACCCGGCCGACAGGAUAUAUGAAGAGCUGGUUGAUAUCUCGAAAGUUAAGAACCUUUUGGCUGAUGUAAGUUUAUUAGCAAGUCCACUAUCGUAAAAAUCUACCUUAGGCCUGGUAAAACUGCGGUUGGGUAAGGUACUUACUUGAUUAUCGUCACGUGAUAUAGACUUGGAGGCAACGAAACGUACAGCAAAUAAGGUCCAUCGGCAAGGAAAAUUACAACUAGAAUUUUAAAACAUUUAGAAUAGGUUUUAAUGCCUUCAGCAGCAGCUUUUGUAGGGCAUGCAAUGAGCACUCUUUGUGGUUAGUGUUUGAAGCGUAUUUCAGUGUAGCGACGUCUUUUGCGGUGUGUGUUCAUUCAUCGUUUCAUUCUGCACAUCCCUUCCCAACCAUUUUCUUUUCCAGUGUUAACACAGUGUAACAGGCGCCUGACUCUAUAGGGGCUCGCGGCUGGGUUGCCAGUAUUGCCUGUCAUGGGGGUCCAACAGCUCAAGGGUCCCUCUGCUCACAGUGUAUGCCCUUGACAUCCUAGGCACUUAUUUUCCAUACGUUGCAAUGAAAUUGUUAAAUUGCAAAUAGGACAAUUCUUAGGCAGACUUAAGGUUAGACCGUCCGCGGGGGAGAAACUUCUACUAAACUUCUACCCCACAAGGGCUUGCCUACGCCACAAGGGCUUGCUUCUACCCCACAAGGGCUUUGCCAAUUAUUGCUGAAACUCUUCUACCUCUUCGCUCUUCAGUACCUUGAUGACUACAACAUGAACUCUUCGAAAGAGAUGAAGUUGGUUUUCUUCAUGGAUGCAAUAGAGCACGUUUCAAGGUGAGUCUAUUAGAAAUGGCGUUCUUUACUGUGGCGGGUGUGUAAAACAUGCGCUGCUCCGGUUUUUUAGAGCCUACUCUCCUCUGUCAGUGUUAUGUUUGUAACCCGUUUUCCUCAAUUUUUGCUCAUAGAAUUGCGCGUAUGGUUCGUCAGCCUCGUGGAAACGCAUUGCUCGUUGGUGUCGGAGGCACCGGAAAGCAAAGUUUAACGAGGUAAGACGGUUUGUUAAAAUGUAUUUUAAUCUAAGCAAAUUUCAUUAACAUUGUUGUCAUACUAUCGACUUAAACCGUUUUUGCUUACACCGUUAGGUUGGCUUGUCACAUGUCUGGCUAUCUCUGCUUCCAAAUCGAGCUGACUCGCGGCUAUGACUAUUCCGCAUUCCGAGAAGACCUCAAAAAACUCUAUAACUCAGCUGGAGUGGAGGGAAAAAAUACAGUGUUCUUAUUCACCGACACGCAGGUAGAUAACAUUUGAUAUUUCGCUGUAUUCCCUAACCUGUAUUCAUGUUUUAAAAUACGUAACGGUUCAACACUUUAUUCUCUUUUACACUCGGUGGACCAGAUAUUUGUAAACUGCUCAAUUUGUUUUCAUUCUUAUUUUCCCCCUUGUCCUUCCAUUUUACGACAGAUUGUUGUCGAAGAAUUCCUUGAAGAGAUUGUUGAACUCGAAGAAUUUUAUUGAGUGUCUUUAAAUCUUAAAGACAAGGCUAAACUUUGAAGACAUCAAUUCAAUUCAUUUUCAACUCCGGCGAGGGAAGUCCAAACGAUUGCGUUUUCCAUUCACUUUUUUUUUUUUUUUUUGCGAAAUUUGCAUUUGCGUAAAAAUAAUAUUCAGUUUAAUUCUCUUUGCCUACAAUUGAUGAUUGAUUGCAGGCUUUGAUAAAAAAGAAAAGAAACCAAGGUUAAAGUUUAACUUGUCGCCCGCAAUAAGAGUACAAGUCUAAGAGUUCUCAUAAAAAGAUUUAAUUGUUUAGGUACCAAACUUGUUUGAAGCAGAAGAAUAUGAACAAGUUUUGAAUGGAACCAGACCACACGCAAAAGAGGCAGGAGUCCCUGAAGGCGACAG